UUCAUCGGCAGAGAGACACAAGACUUGGAUGACUCAUCCAAUCCGCACGAUGACGAAUAAUCGCUUUUCGAGCGAAAACAAAAAUAAAUUUAAAAAAAAUCACAAUAUCUCCCUGUGCAUUUCGGCUCUUGAGUAAUUCUCGGAUUUUUGCCUCAAGAGAACGUGUUUGUGAGGUCGUUUGGUGGAAAACACCCCGGAAAAGAAAAUUUGUGCCGUAAAUCAGUGAAAAAAAAUGUGAAUCUCCCAUUUGAUGUGCAUCCUCAAAAUUGAGUGAUUUAUCUACGUAUCUACGAUAUGACCCUUUGCAUUAAAUUUGCCGGAUAUCAGUAAAUUGCCAAUAAAGAUAAAAGGGAAUUUUCUCUGAUUUUUCUCUGGCAAAUCUUUACUUCCGCUCUCACUCACACCCCACAUACACCGGAUUAAUCCCAUAAAGUCGGCAGCCAGACACUCUCCAGCCAAAAACAUGACGUCACAGUAUGUUCUUCUUAAGACAAACUCCUACAUCAUAAGGAUGAAUCGUGAGGACAAUUUGUGCUGGUUUCACGGCAGAGUUUCUCGCGAAAGAGCAGAACAGAUUUUAAGAGAAGAAGGAUAUGGAGAUGGUGUUUUUCUAGUACGUGAGAGCAAUUCCUCCAAUGGGGAUUACGUCCUCUCAGUACUGCACCAAGGACAAGUCUGCCACUACCAAAUACGCCGUCAUGGAGAGGAUGCUUUCUUCUCCAUUGACGACAACAAGAGAAUCCAUGGCCUAGACUCCCUCAUUGAGCACUAUCAGCAAUCAUCUCACGGUCUAGUGACCAAACUCUCCGCAAUUGUUAAAUGUGAUCCACCACCGCACGAUUCUCGCUGCCAUGGCCGAAUGAACUUGCUCCAUCGAGCUACAAAGGAAGGCAACUACACCGUUGUAUCGGAAUUACUGAAAUGCGGCUACCGAAAUAUCGAUGCCAAGAAUCAAGAUGGUCAAACGGCCGUUCAUCUCGCAUGCCAAUAUGCCGAUGAGGCAAUCCUUCAGAAAAUCAUCGAGUGCAAUGCAAAUAUCAACUUCCGGGACAUCAAAGGCAACACCCCGCUACACUAUGCCUGCCGCACGCAAUCAGCUUCAAUGAUACAACUCCUGAUCGACUCAAAGGCCAACAUACAGGCCCGCAAUAACGAGACUGGCUGUGUUCCACUCCAUGAUGCUGCGGAACAUGGAAAUUUGGAGGCUGUCAGGGUGCUCCUGAAUGCACAUGCACCCCUAAGGCCUAGGUCAUCCUCCGGAGAACUACCAAUUGACUUUGCCCGGGAGAAGGGUCACAACCAUGUAGUUGACUUCCUUGAAAACUACUCAGAAUCUCCUCCGUCAACCUCCAGAAUUCAGUGGUAUCACGGUACACUGGAUAGACUCGAAGCAGUGGCACUGAUUGAGGAAUAUGCCAGAAGUUUGAUAAUAGCUAAAAAGCUCGAAAAUUCCAGCCAAAAUCAAGGAAAUGGAAUAGACAGUAAUUCAAAUGACGAGAACAAUGAAAGUGACAUCACUUCUGGAAUUUUCCUCUUGAGAUACACCGAAAAGAACAAAGGUAGUCAAGUACUGACGCUGCUAUAUGACAACCAACCCAAGCACUUUAUCAUCCAGAAAACGUCUCACUAUCUCUACAUCGAUGAGGGCCCCUACAUGACAUCCCUGGAACACUUAGUACAACAUUAUACAAAAUUUGCCGAUGGUCUUCCGAUAAAUUUGCGCCAUCCUGUUAAACCGAAACCCAAACCUCCCCUACCUCUACCAUCAACAAUACCAAAAACCAAGCGUGCCAAAGCUCCUCCCUCUACAUCACCCAGCAGUCCGGAACAUGUUAUUGAUGAUUCACCAAAAGGUGCCAGGAGUUUUGCCCGGAACCGCAGUGACAGUGAUUUUAUGGAAAGUGGAUUUGCAUUUCGUAAGACACGCAAUCUAUCCGUCCCCACCAAUGAUAUUAUGAACAGGGGAGCUAUUUUUGGAACCUCCCCAACAUCCCCUGAAAGCGAUACGAGUCGCAAAGCUUCAAAAUCACCGGAUUUCCGGAGUCUCAAGCAUACGCGUCCAAAGAGGAACAUCCUAAUAGAUGGACUCAAUAGUUUGCGACGGAGUAAGAAAAAUUCAGCGAAAAAGGAAGAAGAAGCACAACAGAAGAAUUUUGAUCAGCAACUAGAAAUUGAUACGAAUCUCAUGAAAAAUUUAUCAUUUUCAACGGACUUCCUUGUUCAAUCACCACCACUUGAUACCCUUUACAAUACACCAACAAACAAUUGUGCCAUUGUGGACAUUGACAUUGAGGGAGAUCAUAGCCCAAAUAGUCAAGAAACUGACGAUGCUCGAAAUAGCAAUGUAUCCACAGAUACUCAACCACAAUUUGAUUCCCUUGAGUACUUCACUGAAAGUGACGUGGCACGAAUUGAUGAUCAGAUGAAGGAUAAGGAUACAGAGGAGAUUUAUUUCAUCGAUAAACCCAUGGUUGUGGACAAUAGUCAAUCCCAACAGGUUAACAAUGGGAAUGUCGUCAAUGAAGCUGGGUACAUUGUUAUGCAGAAAAUUCCAAUGUUCAUGGAACUACCAUCUAAUGCUAAUUACGUCCCUCCAAAUCCACCCAAAUUCGAUCGAUUGGACUCAAUGGCAUCUGAGAGGAGUGAAAGUGAAUUUGCCAGUAUUCUUCAGCAUCAAACCAGUACAGCCAGUACAUCAUCUCAACCAGAACACGAAGGAAGUGUUCAGAAAGCAACAAAACCCUACUACUUCAUUCCCGCAUGUGAGCUCAAAUUGGACACAGUUCUGGGCGAAGGGGAAUUCGGAAGUGUCUACCGGGGAAGCCUUUCGGGACCCGAGGUGGAAGCCGAAAGAAUCCCAGUCGCCAUAAAAACUCUCCACGAUGAGCGAUGUCGCAAGAAUCGCGAAGAAUUCCUCAGAGAAGCAAAUGUCAUGAUACAGCUGAGGCAUCACUGUAUCGUCAAGCUCAUUGGCAUCUCCAAGGGACCUCCCCUGAUGAUGGUUCAGGAGCUCGUGGGUCUCGGCUCGAUGUUGGACUAUUUGCAUCAGAACGGUGACAAAAUCAAUCCCAAUUGCGAACUGAGACUGUGGGCAUCGCAGAUAGCUUGUGGCAUGAAUUAUCUGGAGAAGCAGCACUAUGUCCAUCGUGAUCUAGCUGCACGGAAUAUUCUACUGGCUUCCAAGAAUCAGGCAAAAAUCUCUGACUUUGGCCUGUCGCGUGCACUCGCAAUGGACAAUGAUUACUACAAGGCCAGUCAAGGUGGCAAGUGGCCCAUUAAGUGGUAUGCACCGGAAAGCUUCAAUUAUGGCACUUUUUCCCACGCCAGUGACGUCUGGUCAUUUGGGAUAACGCUAUGGGAAAUGUACACACUGGGAGAACCACCGUACGGAGACAUGAAAGGGGUUGAUGUUAUAAAGCUAAUAGAAGAGGGAAAACGUCUGCUAAAACCAUCACUUUGUCCUGAUGACAUCUUCGAAAGAAUGGAAAAUUGUUGGAACUACAAACCUAAGGAUCGUCCUACUUUCCGCCAUCUAACAGAAUUCUUUGCUCCUGACUACGCAAAUGUCACGGAAUUGAUCAAAUCUGAACAGAUUGUCUGAAUUCUAAAAUCAGCCAAAAAAUACUUCUUCGCAUUGUCUAGCAUUUAAACUCUAAAAACCUAACCCCUUUUCAGAGUUUUCAAACUUCACAUCACUCUGUUGAUAAGUAGAUCGUCUGAGUGGAAAUCAUAGUUAUGUAGUUCGUUAUGAUAAAAAAAAAGAACAGAAAAAAUAUGUUGUGAGCUAAAUAUGCUAUUAGUCGAUAUCUUCUGUGUUAUUAUUAGUUUUUAUCUCAAAGUAGUGUUUAUCAGUUAAAGAUUUUGCAAUCAAAGUAUUUUGAUUUUAAUAUUAAAAUAUUGUUAGGAAGAUUGUGGCAAUUAUUCUCUCGUAAUGACAUCAGAGUUACUAACAAUCAGUUAAUGUUUGUGAAUUAUUUUGUACUCUAUAUUGUGGACGAAACUGAAUUAUUUUUGUUUUGUCAACACAAAUUUGACAAUUCAGAAUGAGUGCGCUGCACCUAAUUCUAUAGUUGUCUCGCUCACUCAUAUGCACAAUCCCAGAAAACAUGUUUACAAAACAAAAGCAGUUCUUCGCUCCCCAUUAAGUGUAGAAUUUGUUAAUUCUAAUUUUACUCUGUUAUUUGUUACAAUUUUUGUUUUAAAUUAAUGGCUACGCACGAUAUGAAAACUUAAAGAACUUUUUUUUCAAUUACAAAUUCGAAAAAUAAUCUCAAAAUUUUUAAAAUAGUAUAAUUUGCUAAAAGUCAGACAGUGCUGAAAGUCGGACGCUUCUUAAGUGUUUGCCUUUCCAAGUUUUACAUAUAAAAAAAACAAAAGAUGUUCAAAUGAAUUUGAGUUUAUCCGCGACAUAUUUCUUUGCCAUAGCUAUGCUAAUCUUUGUGCUGUUUACAAUAUCAUGCCAUAGCCUUUAGGACAUAAAUAAUAAUCUCUCCUCUGCAACUUCACAUUCCGCAAGUAAAACAGAAAACAUUUAACAAGAAAAAAAAAACUUUUGCAAAACUCAAAACAGAUAUUUCUAAAAGAUUAACCAGAGUCUAACAAAUAUGUUAUUAAAAUCAUAUUAACUUUUACUAUUUAUUUUAAAUGCAGGAAAAACCCGAGUUUAUCUGAUGUGCCUUUUUUUAAAACUAUUACCACUUACUAUAAUUUAUAAAAUAAAAAGAAAAUUGACAAUGUUGUUUGACAAGCAAUAUUGCAAUAAAUUUAUAAUUGUGUUUAUGUUGAGGAAGGACAAGAGAGAAUAAAAACAGAGUUUGGAGAA